CAUAAAUAUUCGUGCAAUAGAAUUUAAAGAUAUGUUAAUAGAUGUUUCUAUAUUUUCUUCUGAAAAUCGGAUAUAAAUUUGCACUAAUAUUUAUACAUUUGAAAUUGGCAGGGGCAUGGCGUAUCUUCACAAUGAGCCCAAUGUCAUAAUACACAGAGAUUUAAAACCCAGAAAUGUUCUUCUCGUCAACUCUAGUGCUGACCAUCUAAAAGUCGGAGACUUUGGACUAAGCAAGCUUAUCAAGGUGAAAAAUUCUCACGAUGUAUACCAAAUGACUGGAGAGACUGGAAGUUACAGGUACAUGGCUCCUGAAGUCUUCAAGCAUCGUAAAUAUGAUAAGAAGGUUGAUGUUUUCUCCUUUGCAAUGAUACUCUACGAGAUGCUUGAGGGUGAUGCACCAUUGUCACACCAUGAACCUUAUGAAGCGGCCAAAUAUGUGUCUGAGGGGCACAGGCCUAUGUUUAGGGCCAAAGGCUAUACUCAAGAAUUAAGAGCCUUGACAGAACAAUGUUGGGCAGCAGAUACGAACAAGAGACCAUCGUUCCUGGAAGUCCUCAAAAGGCUUGAAAAGAUAAAGGAAACUUUACCGGCAGAGCAUCACUGGAAUAUCUUCUCUUCUUGACAUAUCGAGCAUUGCCAGAAUCAAAAUACAGGAGCUUAACAAAGCAGUUCAUACAAAAACGGAAUUCUUCCCUAAUUUAUCUGGGAUGAACUAUUUUCUUUUUAACAUUAGAACGGUUUUUAUAGAGUAUACAUCAGAUUCCUUCAUAUUUAGUUCGAUUCAUUUAUUUUUUCUCCAAGAAGCAAUCAUGUAAAGUUGUAAACAAUACAACCCCAUUGUUUCAAACUUGAUGACUUAGUAUACCUGCUUUAAAAAGAGUUGCGAAGUUACCUAUUGCACUAGACAGGCCAAAUUUAUCUUGUU